UGCGUUCCCGUCGAGGUCGCGCACUCCAGCCUCGCGGGGCGGUCGCUUCAGGCUAACCAGACAAUUUAUCCGGGUCCGAGAAGAUGCUGCUGCAGCCGCGAUUGCUCCCCCGCUUCCUGCCGGUGCGCCCCUGGAGCGGGGCUGGGCUGUGCUGGAAGCGAGCUUUGUCCCUGCGGGUGGCCAACGAGCCCAUUUUAGCCUUCACAAAGGGCACCCCGGAGCGAGAAGCACUUCUGAAGGCCUUGAAGGACCUGAAAGGCCAGACAGAAGCCGUCCCCUGCGUGGUGGGCGACGAGGAGGUGUGGACAUCGGACGUGCGGUACCAGGUGUCGCCUUUUAACCACCGGCACAAGGUAGCCAAGUUCUGUUAUGCAGACAAGGCCCUACUCAACAAGGCCAUCGAGGCCGCCUUGGCUGCCAGGAAAGAAUGGGACUUGAAACCUGUCGCAGACCGGGCCCAGAUCUUCCUGAAGGCGGCAGACAUGCUCAGCAGGCCUCGCAGGGCUGAGAUCCUUGCCAAGACCAUGGUGGGGCAGGGUAAGACGGUGAUCCAAGCUGAGAUCGACGCCGCUGCCGAGCUCAUCGACUUCUUCCGGUUCAACGCCCAGUUUGCAGAGCAGCUGCAGGGGGAGCAGCCCAUCAGUGUGCCGCCCAGCUCCAACCGCGUGGUGUACCGGGGGCUGGAGGGCUUCGUGGCGGCCAUCUCGCCUUUCAACUUCACCGCGAUCGGUGGCAACCUGGCGGGGGCACCGGCCUUGAUGGGCAACGUGGUCCUGUGGAAGCCCAGCGACACGGCCGUGCUGGCCAGCUAUGCUGUGUACCGCGUCCUCCGGGAGGCCGGCCUGCCCCCCAACAUCAUCCAGUUUGUACCAGCUGACGGGCCUGUUUUUGGGGACACCAUCACCAGCUCAGAGCACCUCUGCGGCAUCAACUUCACAGGCAGUGUGCCCACCUUCAAACACCUGUGGAAGCAGGUGGCCCAGAACCUGGACCGGUUCCGCACCUUCCCACGCCUGGCUGGAGAGUGCGGCGGGAAGAACUUCCACUUUGUGCACCGCUCGGCCGACGUGGGCAGCGUGGUGAGCGGGACCCUGCGCUCGGCCUUCGAAUACGCCGGCCAGAAGUGCUCCGCCUGCUCUCGCCUCUACGCGCCCAGCUCGCUGUGGCCGGAGAUCAAAGGGCGGCUGCUGGAGGAGCACAGCAGGAUCAAAGUGGGCGAUCCCGUGGAGGAUUUCGGGACCUUCUUCUCCGCAGUGAUCGAUGCCAAGUCCUUUGCGCGCAUCAAGAAGUGGCUGGCGCAUGCCCGCUCCUCGCCCAGCCUCUCCGUCCUGGCUGGGGGCGAGUGUGAUGACUCCGUGGGCUACUUCGUGGAGCCCUGCAUCGUGGAGAGCACGGACCCGCACGAGCCCAUUAUGAAGGAGGGCUGGGUUCAGCAAGGAGGCCAGAGCAUGCUGGAUCUGUGGGGCCGCAAGCUGGGCACCCCACUGUCCCCAGGGAACCCUGGAGGAAGCAGUCUGUGGCCGAAGUGUGGACAGAGGUACAGGGAGACCCUGCAGCUCGUUGACAGCACCACCAGCUACGGCCUCACGGGGGCAGUGUUUGCCCAGGAUAAGGACGUCGUCCAGGAAGCCACCAAGAUGCUGAGAAACGCUGCUGGCAACUUCUACAUCAACGACAAGUCCACUGGCUCCGUGGUAGGCCAGCAGCCCUUCGGGGGGUCCCGAGCCUCUGGAACCAAUGACAAGCCAGGGGGUCCCCACUACAUCCUGCGCUGGACAUCACCCCAGGUCAUCAAAGAGACCCACAAGCCUCUGGGAGACUGGCGCUACUCCUACAUGCAGUGAACCCUACUCAUCCCCUCCACCAGUCUGCCUGUCUGUCCAUCCAGAUGACUGACCUUGCUGCACUGACCCUGCUCCGCCCCUCCACGGGCUCCUCAUGGACAGCGCCCCUUCUAGAGCCAAGCUUGGCCUCUCCUGCCAUUUGUCCAUAUCAAAGCCCCUCUUGUCCCCAGUGUCAGGUGCCCAGGCUCUGGUUUGAGGUUAUGUUGGGGAAGAAAGGGCCACUGACCCCUUUUCUAGUCAGCCGCACUGGAAACAGCAGGUACAACCCCGGUACCUGGUCGGUUCUCUGCCUGUCUGCUUCCCUCUCCCCGUACUGAGCCUGGUGGCUCAGGGACCUGGGGAAUAGAGAGGGAGCCCCUCUGGGGACCCUGUGGGGAAAGGAGGCAGCCCCAGGCCCUGUGGCAACCUCAUCACUUGCAGAUGCUCCUGGCUGUGACCAGGGGUGGCCUGCAGGGCACAGGGAGCACAGCUGGCCUUGCCCUCAGUUUGGGCUGCCUCAGACUCAAAAGAGACUCCCACACUGUCUCUGUCCAGCCCACCUGUGCCAGCCGUAUGCCUUAGAUACCA